GCGUUUCAUAUUUCUAACAUCAGUUCUGGGUUUUAUUGCGCGAAUUGAUGCGUCUUUUUGGGACCGCGCCCUGCAUCACCAUGGUGAACCUCUGCUGCCUCUGCUGCGGUCAACUCCCGGCGGAACCCCGCCCCCCUCCGCCCCGCCAGCCUGGAGCACCGCGGGAUUCCCGCACCGCACCGCAGCAUCAUCACCAGCUGCAGCUGCAGCAUCACCAGCUGCAGCAGCAACAGCCUGCUGGACCAGAAUCUGAUGCGGGUCUCAGCGGGACCCGGAAGGAGGAUGCAAACGGAGGGAAGAAGGACUCCGCGGAAGAGGCGCCCAGUGUUCCCAGUGUUCCCAGUGCUGCUGAGGAAGAAGAGCAGGAGGAAGACUCACCUGCAGACAGCGAUCUUCCUGAAGUGCAGCGUCCAGUCCAGCAGUCCCUGGGCGCCUGCGUCUGCCGGGAGUCCCACUGGCGCUGCCUUCUGCUCUCCGUCCUCAUGAUCAGCUGCCUGGCUGCGCUGGCUUGGUGUCAGCUGACACGGGUCACCAAGAUCAGCUUCACCUCCAACUUCCCCUCCACCCUGCGGAGCGGCGGACACUCCAUGAUCUACCACGACAGCCCGUGCUCCGACGGGUACGUCUACAUCCCUCUGGCCUUCCUGUUGCUGCUCUACGGGUUGUACAUGGUGGAGUGCUGGCACUGCAUGGCCCGGAACCAGCUGCAGUCCAAAGCGGACGUGCACAGCGUGUACGAGCGCGUGCUACGUAUGCGACAGGCACAGCCUUGCAUUUGGUGGAAGGCCAUCAGCUACCACUUCGUCAGACGGACGCGGCAGGUGACAAGGUACCGCAAUGGGGAUGCCUACACCACCACGCAGGUGUACCACGAGCGGGUCAACACCCACGUGGCGGAAGGGGAGUUCGACUACGCCCACUGUGGGAUGAAAGACGUGUCGCGGGAACUUACGGGCCUGGAGGGUCACCCCACAACCCGCCUGCGCUUCACCAAGUGCUUCAGCUUCACGGAGGCCGGCCCAGAGAACGACUACCUCAACCAGAGGUCCCGGUUCUUCUCCGAAACAGAAGGUCUGGACGACUACAUGGAAGCUCGGGAGGGGAUGCAGCUGAGGAACGUGGACUUCCGGGACAACAUGAUUGCCUGCGUCGACCCGGACCAGAUGCCGUGGUACACGUCUCGGAUGGCCUUCUGGUUGGCGGCGCUGUUCAUGCUCUCCUGGCCUCUCAGAGUCUUCAUUGAGUACCGAACGGCAUACGUCCAUUACAGAGUGGAGAAGCUGUUUGGGUUGGAGUACAUCUGCAGCCGUCCGUCCCCGCUAAACGAAGAUAGCUGCGGUAUUCCCAGAGUGGACACCCUGGAUAGCACGGAGAUGGAAUGGCACAUUCGCUGCAACCGCCAGCUCAUCCCCAGCUACUCAGAGGCCAUGCUGAUCAGCGCCAACACCUCGACCUCCGCCUCCUCCACCCGCUUCUUGUUGGACCCCGGAGCUCCCCAGAACCGGGACGAUGGUUCAGGAGGUAGGAGGAGGACGGUUGCCAGCUCCAGCUGCUCCUCAGGGUUCUCCUGCCACGGAGCGCUGCUGCUGUCCCGCCUCUCCUCCGACACGUCCCACGUGUCGCUGUGCCGCAUGUACGGCUCCCGUCGCACUGUGGCUCCACGGAGGAGCCGCAGCAGCAGCUUGUCGGACCCCUGCUGCCUGGACGAUCAGUGCUGCAGGUCCGACUCCAGCCAGCUGGCGCUCAGCGACAGUCCGCCGACCUACAGGGACGCCCGGUUCUUCCCAGCUCUCAUCGUCCACUGGUCUGAGUCUGGGGAGGACAGAAGGCGGUAUUACAUCAGGAGAGGGUCAUCAUGUGUGGAGACGGCAUUGUAGACAAACUGGACCCAAAAAUUAAAGUGCAACUAGCUCCUUUGUGAAAGCUUAGCCAAAAAACUCCAGUGAAGUGGGCGGAGCCAAUACAUUUUAUGGGGCGUGUCCAAAUGAAGGGAGGAGCUGAGGGUGAUCAACUGUUGCUGACUUACUGACUUUCCCACUAUAUCUUAUGUUUUAGAGACUUUUAUGGUGACGACAAGCUAGCUAAGAUUAUACUGAACAGAGAACGACUUCCUCAGAGAAGCUCAGAGAAAAAUGUCCAAAAAAUGGCAUAGAAACUGAAUACAUUGCUCCUGCAGGAACAAUGUAUUCAGUUUAUCAGCAACAAAUCGCUGACCUGGAGGUCAGUUCCUCUUUAAGACGCUGGUUGUUGGACAUGCGUCACUUUUACUGAGAAAAACCUGAAAACUGAGGCAAGAAUUUUCAUGCAGACCAAAUGCAACUAAUUUUCUCCUGAUGAACAGAGAAAUACUUGAAGUGAAGAUGGAUGAAAUCAGAACAAUCCUGGAGGAAAACCUGUUGUGGGUGUGAAUACUUCUGUAAGCCAUGGAUCCCUAAAAUGUUGCUACAUUAACAGAGGAUCAAACUGAAAUGCAUCCAAAUGCCUGCAGGUGCAGGAACCUCCAAUGUGUCACUGCAUGAUCCUCCUUUACCAGCAUGACUCAGUUCAGUUCAGCAGUUUGUAACUUUCUCUGUUCUGCAGACAAAGUUAAGGAAAUAUUAAAAACACU